CCACACUAGCCCACCAUCAGCACCAAUGACGGAGCAGUAAUAAACUGUCCCCACUGCUUUGUCAGGAUGGCCCUUCUUCUGAAGAGGCUGAUGUUCCAAGCCAUAAAAGCGGACAGUACCUUAGUCGGCAGAUGCUUAAGAAAACCCACUGUGCAGCCAGACCUGGCACAGCCGUGCCUGACUACCUCCACCCCGAAGCUGCUGUACCUGAUUUCUGCAAAGGGUUUUAGUACUGUUGGCGACACCCGUGGUGAGAGGAAACAGAAAAGGAAGGAUGCUUUCACUAACACUGGGAGGAAGAUUAGUGAGCGAGUCAUCCGCGUCCUGGAUGAGAAGGGCAGCGACCUGGGAAUGAUGCACCGAGCCGAUGUCAUCAGACUCAUGGACAAGCAGGACCUGAGGCUGGUGCAGAGGAACGCCAGCUCGGAGCCACCCGAGUACCAGCUCAUGACCGGAGCGCAGAUCCACCAGGAGCGGCUAAGGCUCCGUGAACAGGAAAAGGCCAAACCGAAAACUGGACCAACGGUGACGAAGGAACUCAUUCUCUCUUCAAACAUCGGGCAGCAUGACUUAGAGACAAAGAGCAAACAGAUCCAGCAGUGGAUCGAGAGAAAAUACCAUGUCCAAGUCACAAUAAAGAGGGGGAAAGAUGCAGAGCAGCCAGGGAGCGAGCGGGAUGAGAUAUUUAACCAGAUUCUGCAGACUAUGCCUGGAGUAGCAACCUUCUCCAGCAGGCCGAAAGCCAUUAGAGGAGGGACUGCCUCCAUGUGUGUUUUUCGUCAUCUGAGCAAGAAAGAAGAGAAGGCGUUCAGAGAAUCUCAAGAGAGCCAGACAAGAGACACUUUGAGCAAAGACGACAGAAACAGCAGUGAGUCAGAUGGUCUGUCUCAGUGAUUUUAAU